AUGGCUGUAUACGCCAUAAGUCGGAAGUUCCGUUUUAGGUGUGCAAAGUCAGAACCAAGGUUAAUGUCGCUAGAGUGUUGCAGCCCAUCGUGCCCUUGGCGAGUAUAUGCCGUCCGACUGAAGGAUGCGGAAGUUUUUGAAAUUCGCAAGGUCGUUCCAGAACAUCUAUGUUCAAUAGACGAACGUGGGGAAUACGAAACACAAGCUACAGCGGCGGUUAUUGGUGAGCUUAUGAAAAACAAGUUCGGGGCGCCAGGAUCAGGUCUCAAACCUCGCGAGAUCCGUCACAUGAUGCGUGGUGACCUAAACGUCAAUAUAUCAUACUGGAAGGCAUGGCGUUCGAGAGACGUCGCAAUGGACAACACCAAAGAGUCUGAUGUCACUGCUUACGCGAAACUCCCAGAUUACCUUAACAAGCUAGUGACGUCUAAUCCUGGUUCACUUGUCGAACUCUUAACAGAACCACAUGAAAAUGGUGGCCACCGCUUCAAAUAUUUAUUUGUAGCAUUGAACGCUUCUAUCAAGGGAUACGAGUACAUGAGGAAAGUUGUGGUAGUAGAUGGCACCCACCUGAAAGGCAAGCAUCCUUCAAUUUUUAAAGGGAUAAGCAAGAGAAACAUCCGCUCAAACUUUAAGGGACGACAUCUCGAGUACUUGGUGGCAAAAGCCGCUAGAAGCUUCAGACUUCAAGAUCUUUACGCAACGUUCAACGAGAUUAAGGGUACUGAUCAUAAAUGUGAAGAGUAUCUGCUCGAGAUUGGGCUUGAACACUGGGCGAGAGCACAAUUUCCAGGAAAACGCUAUAAUGUGAUGACAAGCAAUCUUGCAGAGUCUUGGAAUGGAGUUUUGCGUGAGGCUAGAGAACUACCAGUCAUACGAUUGGUCGAGUUCAUUCAGAAGGAGUAUGAGGUCCGAGAGAAAGAAGGGGGAGGUUUCCAUGUCAACCUUGCCAAUAUGACUUGUACGUGCUUUGAAUUUCAAAUGCUCGCAAUGCCACGUUCUCAUGCCAUAGCUGCAGCGUUAAAAGGAAAGAUAGCUGUUGAAUCCUUGGUGGUGGAAGUGUAUGGGGUUACUCAACUGCGAGCUGCAUACGGUGGGAGUAUAUAUCCGGUGGAAGGUUACACUGGAAUUGGAGAAUUGGUGGCCAAUAGUACUGGCGUCCAUAUCUUCCCCUCUUCAACCAGACGUCCUCCGGGAAGGCCAAAAAAGCAGAGAUACUUCUCAAGAGGGGAGAAGCUAUAUGGAACGAUGUAUGUAACGCCGGUGGAUCUAUGGGAAAGCUGUAUGGAACGAUGGAGGAUUUAA